UUGCCGUACAAUCUUUGAAUGCUGCAACUGUACUCCGUACGCGAAACUACAACACGGAUAAAUUUGUGAAAAAAAUCAUAAAGAACACGAACCAAAAUGUUCUUCUAGAAUUAUAUCACUUUAGCCUCGAAGCAGGAUGCCCGUCAUUACUUCAUUGGACCAAAACAUUAUCUCAAGCUUCUGGGCCUAGCUUAGCUUAGUUAGCCUAGCAUGCUAGCCGCUUUGUCGAGAAACAGAGCUCAAGUCUGAACGUAAACUGUUGUGAUAUUUUCGAAAAAUGUGCGCAAGAGGAAUAGCAGAGUACGAGGAGCAACUUUAUGGGACAAAAGAGGACAGCGACGCUGUUUUCAAGAAGUCUCGAUUUGGCUCACGGCGACCAGACAUUAGCGAAGAUGCUUAUCCUGAGCGGUUGGAUGCGGAGACGUCUCACAUUAAAGAGAAAGAGAACAAUGAGGUACCCCCCUUGAAAGAGGAAGAAGAGCAGCAGGCCCCUUACAUUAAGAAAGAGGAGGAGCUAGAGCACCCUUGCAUGAAAGUAGAGGUGGAUGAGCCCCCUGACGUCAAAGAAGUGGAGGAGGAGAAGGGGAUCUGCAAGUUGCCAUUGACUGGUGUGCUUCUGAAGAGUAUAAAUAAGGUGGACAGAGGGGCGGAGCCUCCAAGCAGCAGCUCAUGUCAACACAUGACAACACAAGGUAUUGGAAACCACUGUGGAAAACCAAAAGCAGAUAGCCUCUUAGCUCCACUCUCAGAUAGAGACAACACAUCGUCAACCGCUGAUGAUAAUGGUGAGAAACCGUUCACCUGUUCCGACUGCGGCAGGAAAUUCUCUCGGAAGGGAAACUUAAAAAAGCAUGUAAGAACCCACACUGGUGAGAAACCUUUUGCCUGCUUAGUUUGUGGCCAAAGAUUCUCUCAGAAAGAAAGUUUACAUGAUCACAAAAGAACCCACACUGGUGAGAAACCUUUUGCCUGCUUAGUUUGUGGCCAAAGAUUCUCUCAGAAAGAAAGUUUACAUGAUCACAAAAGAACCCACACUGGUGAGAAACCUUUUGCCUGCUUAGUUUGUGGCCAAAAAUCCUCUGAGAAGGGAAGCUUCAAAAUACACGUGAGAACCCACACUGGUGAGAAGCCUUUUUCCUGCUUAGUUUGUGGCCAAAGAUUCUCUCAGAAGGGAAACUUAAAAAGACACACCAGAACACACACUGGUGAGAAACCUUUUGCCUGCUUAGUUUGUGGCCAAAAAUCCUCUGAGAAGGGAAGCUUCAAAAUACACGUGAGAACCCACACUGGUGAGAAGCCUUUUUCCUGCUUAGUUUGUGGCCAAAAAUUCUCUGAUAAGGGAAACUUAAAAAAGCAUGGAAGAAUACACACUGGUGAGAAACCUUUUUUCUGCUUAGUUUGUGGCCAAACAUUCUCUCGCAAACAACAUUUACAUGCUCACAAAAGAACCCACACUGGUGAGAAACCUUUUGCCUGCUUAGUUUGUGGCCAAAGAUUCUCUAAGAAGGAAAGCUUAAAAAUUCACGCGAGAACACACACUGGUGAGAAACCUUUUGCCUGCUCAGUUUGUGGCCAGAGAUUCUGUCAGAAGGGACAGUUAUCAAAACACACAAGAACCCACACU